AUGACAACGAAGGAGGUCAACCGAUUUAUUAAACAUUGGCUGAGAGGAUCCAACCCUAGAAUGGAAUGUUUGAAAAUUGGACUGCUCAAUAAUGAAGUUAUUAACAAAGAAAAUAUUCUAAAAGGAAUUAAUUAUGCAGAGGCGCCUAUCAACCAAGUGAGACAUUUCAAAUCAAACCGUUGGGGACCGAUGAAAGUCAAUCGAGGUGUUGACUUCUAUCGAAAAGAUGGAAUCAUGGCGACAAUACAAAUUGAUGUCUAUGGAGAUGAUACCUGGCUGACAAUGUAUGUUUGGUAUCCCCAUUGUGUUGCAGACCUUGAAUAA